UACCAAUUUAGUGUCGGCGGAUUUGACCACGGUAAUCCGAGUGUGGGCCGGUUUGACCGCAGUUGGUUCACCAAACGGAAGAGGGCAGUAAUGCCACGUCUACGCCGUCACAAAGCAUAGUCCAGAAGAAGAGAAAAAGAAAAGAGGAGGACCUCGUCAUUUUACUGUCAUCGCAGAAGAAGCCAGUUUUGGAGGAAACAUGGCUUCCCCUGCCGGUUGUGAGCAUUAUGUGCGCAGCUGCUUAUUGAAAGCCCCCUGCUGUGGUAAGCUGUACGUGUGUCGGCUGUGCCAUGACGCAGAGGAGAACCACCAGAUGGACCGGUUCCAAGUCCGAGAGGUGCAGUGCUCUGAGUGUCAAACGGUGCAGCAGGCACAGCAGACUUGCCAGCAGUGUCAUGUGCAGUUUGGGGAGUAUUACUGUGACAUUUGCCACUUGUUCGACAAGGAUAAGAAGCAGUACCACUGUCAGCCCUGUGGAAUAUGCAGGAUUGGGCCCAGGGGAAAGUAUUUCCAUUGUGAAAAGUGCAAUCUGUGUUUAGCCCAGGAUCUGCGGGGAAACCACAAGUGUGUUGAAAAUGUUUCGAGGCAGAACUGCCCAGUGUGUAUGGAGGAUAUUCACACGUCCAGAAUUAGAGCUCACGUUCUUCCAUGCGGCCAUCUUUUACACAAGACGUGCUUCGAUGACAUGGUCAGAACAGGAGCGUACCGCUGCCCCCUGUGUAUGCACUCUGCCUGGAACAUGGAGGACCACUGGGAUCAAAUCGACAAAGAGAUUGCCCAGUCACCGAUGCCCACUGAAUACCAGGGUGCUACUGUCAAAAUUAUAUGUAACGACUGCCAAACCCAUUGCACGGUGCCUUUCCACGUGUUAGGGAUGAAGUGCAGCGGCUGUGGCUCGUAUAACACAGCACAGGACGGAGGACUGAUCCAGCAGCCUGAGCAGCGCACAGCAGCCUGAGCAGCAGCAGCCUGAGCAGGACGCUGAGAACGAGGCAGACACAGAGCCAGAGCAACUAGAUCAGCCUCAGUCACCCACGCUACAUUAACCGCACUGGGGGACUUUGUACUAACUUCCAUUGAGUGUAAUGAUAGACUGAGCCAAUAUUCCUAUAUUCCACAAAAUACCAGAAAAAGGAGUGGGGUGGUGAGUGGGAUGGUGAUUAUCUUCAGAGAGUUAACCUCUCCUUUUAUGUUGUUUAUGGAGAAGGAGAACCAGGAAAUGAGCGGGGGGAAAUGAAACACUACCAAGCCAUGGCCAAGUGACGUGUAGUUGGAUUUUUCCAGAGGUGCACGUCAGGCUACAGCGUAGGUUUGUGUCUCCACGUACCUACCUACGCAGCAACGGCAUAGAUUUUACGCAGAAUUAUAAAUCAAGCUUAACACACAUUCAAACCUGAAGGCAAUU